AUGCUCGCUGGCGCGAGGUUGCUGCUGCUGGUCGGCUCGGCGGCCGCUUUCGUGGCACGCGGGCCGGCGCCGCUCUCGCCGCACGCGCCGGCGGCGGCGCGCUCCGGUGCGGUCCUCGCCAAGAAGAAGGCGGAGGAGGAGGGGCUCUACUCGGACACCGUCUCGCUGCCUCAGACGUCCUUUUCGCAGCGGGCGAUGGCGGCGACGCGGGAGCCGGAGCUGCAGCAGUUUUGGUCCGAGAAGCGCGUCUACGAGCGCCUCUGCGAGACCAAUCCCGGCGAGCCAUUCACGCUGCACGACGGCCCGCCGUACGCCAACGGCGACCUCCACAUCGGCCACGCGCUCAACAAAGUGCUCAAGGACGUCAUCAACAAGUACCAGCUGCUGCGCGGCCGCAAGGCGCGCUUCGUGCCCGGCUGGGACUGCCACGGCCUCCCGAUCGAGCUCAAGAUUACAAUCUCGCUCACAGGAGCCGAGCGGCAGGCGCUGACGCCGAUCGAUCUGCGGAAGAAGGCGGCCGCCUUUGCGCGGGAGACGGUCGACAAGCAGCGAACCUCCUUCCAGCGGUGGGGCGUCUGGGCGGACUGGUCUGCGCCCUACCUCACCCUGCAGCCAGAAUACGAGGCGAGAUGGGCCGAGAGGAGCCGAGAGGAGCCGAGAUCUGCCCAGCUGGGAGUGUUUGGGGCGAUGUUCCUGCAGGGCCUCCUCCGUCGUAGCCCCCGUGCGGUGCACUGGUCGCCGUCCUCUCGCACCGCGCUGGCAGAGGCGGAGUUGGAGUACCCGGAGGGGCACACCUCUCAGUCCAUCUACGUUGCCUUCGACGCAGAGAGCAUCGCCAUCCGCACGCCUCCACUCAUCUCUUCACAGCGCAGCUUGUGCCUCCGCAUCGCUAUCUGGACCACCACGCCGUGGACCAUCCCCGCGAACCUCGCGGCACCGGCCCGUAGAUGCCGGCAGGCAGACGCGCUCUCCUUGGCUUGGGCGAGGGAGAGGCGCUGGAGGUGGCGGGCAACCCUCAAGGGCGGCGAGGCGGUGAACGGCGUCUCUUCACACGAGUGGCGGUGUGAACAGGUGGUGGCGACCCUCAAGGGCAGCGAGCUGGUGGGCACCACGUACACGCACCCGCUGGCGGGGCGCAGCUCGAUGGUUGUGGAGGGCGGCGACUACAUCACAACAGAGUCCGGCACCGGCCUUGUCCACACGGCGCCCGCGCCGGGCCACGGUCAGGAGGACUACCAGACGGGCCUCAAGUACGGCCUCGAGCUGCUCUCGCCCGUGGACGACGCGGGGCGGUUCACCGAUGAGGCUGGAGACGGCCUCGCAGGCUUGAAUGUGCUCGGCGACGGCAACACGGCGGUCAUCGAGAAGCUCAAGACGAGCGGCAACUUGCUCAGCGUCGAUCCGUACCAGCACAAGUACCCGUACGACUGGAGGACGAAGAAGCCAACCAUCUUUCGCGCCACGUCGCAGUGGUUUGCGUCGGUCGACGGGUUCCGCGACGGCGCCCUCGCCGCAAUCGGCGAGACAGAGUGGCUGCCAGCGGUCGGCGAGCGGCGCAUCACCGCGAUGACGCAGUCUCGCUCCGACUGGUGCAUCUCGCGGCAGCGCACUUGGGGCGUCCCGAUCCCGGUGUUCUACGACCGGCAGACCGACGAGCCUCUCCUCAACGAGGAGACGCUUUCGCACGUGCAGAGGCUAGUUGCAGAGCACGGGACCGACGUCUGGUGGACGUCGACCGAGGCGGAGCUGCUGCCCGAGCCGUACGCCUCGGACGCGGGCCGCUGGCGCAAGGGGACCGACACGAUGGACGUCUGGUUCGACUCUGGCUCGUCUUGGGCCUCGGUGGCGGAGGCGCGGGAGGGGCUGCGCUACCCCGCCGACCUCUACCUCGAGGGCUCGGACCAGCACCGAGGCUGGUUCCAGUCGUCGCUGCUCACGUCAGUGGCGUCGCGUGGCCAGGCGCCGGACAAAGGCCUUGCGCCGUAUAAGGCUGUGCUCACGCACGGCUUCGUCCUCGACGAGAAGGGCUUCAAGAUGUCAAAGUCGCUCGGGAACGUCGUCGACCCUAAGCUGAUCACCGACGGCGGCAAGAACCUCAAGGCUCAGCCCGCGUACGGCGCCGACGUGCUGCGGCUCUGGGUCGCGUCGUCAAACUACGCUGCGGACGUCUGCAUCGGCGACUCCAUCAUCAAGCAGACCUUCGAGGCGUACCGCAAGAUGCGCAACACGGCCCGAUUCCUCCUCGGCAACUUGCACGACUUCGACCCCGCCGUCGACGCCGUGCCGCUCGCGGGUCUGCCCGAGCUCGACGUGUACGUGCUCGGCCUGCUGGACGGCCUGCUGGCGGAGGUGCGCGCGGCGUACGACGCCUACUCCUUCUCGCGCGCGGUCGGCGCGCUCCAGCAGUUCCUCGUCUCGGACCUGUCCAACUUCUACCUCGACGACCGGCUCUACAUCGCGGCGCCCGACGAGCCACGCCGCCGCUCCUGCCAGACGGUCCUCUCCCGCGUCGUGGAGUCCGUCGCCGCCGCCGCCGCGCCCGUGCUUCCGCACCUGGCCGAGGACAUUUACCAGAACCUUCCCUACGCGACGCCGCACGCGUCCGUUUUCGAGGCGGGCUGGCCGGCGGCGGCGCCGGCACAGGGCGAGGAGCGGCGCGGUCGCGCGGCGUGGGCGGCGGUGCGCUCGCUGCGCGACGAGGUGAACCGGAACCUUGAGCUCGCGCGCGCGGAGAAGGCGUUGGGCGCGUCGCUGGAGGCCAAGGUGUUGCUGCACUGCGCGGACCCGGCGGUGUCAGAAGCCCUCGCGCGCUGGUCGGGCGCAAGCAACGGCGUCGACGAGCUGCGCUUCCUCUUUCUGACCUCGCAGGUUGAGCUACACACACACACACACACACACACACACACACACACACACACACACACACACACACACACACACACACACACACACACACACACACACACACACCGCUUGCCCACGCCCUCCGGGCCUUGCACUUUCAAUGCCGUGGGGCUCCUGUCGUCUAGACGUGGAGUCGCGAGGGACUAG